GCGGAUCCUCAGUUGAGACCGAACUCUGGAGCAGGAAUGUUGCCGACUGCCAAUAGGGUUCUGCCGCUUUUUCUGGGGCUCUUCUGCGGGGGAUUUCCCUUUCUGAACGGAGCCGAUCUCUGCCAGCCCAUUGGCUGGCGGAACUUCCAGUGCAACGAGAUCGCUUCCCUGCAGGAUCUGGUGGACUUGGGUGCGGAGAACUGGCACACCCUCUCUAUAAGGAAUGUGCAAACGGAACUGGAGGUGGGCUCAGGCGAGAAUGCAGAUCAUUUGGCCAACCUUGUGGAACUGGACUUAACAGCAGCAGCUCUCAUAAACCUUCAUACCAGCGGCUUUGCCAUCCUACCCCAUCUGCGGUACCUUAACCUCAGUGGCUGUGGUCUUGUUGACAUAAAGGGAACCCACUUUGCGGUUGAGUCAGCCCUCCAGCGGAUCGAUUUUAGUCACAAUCAAAUGGAACUUCUGGACCGGGACUUUUUUGGCAACCUGAGGAAGUUGAUUUAUGCGAACUUUUCGCAUAAUGCCCUGAAGCAAUGCGAUCUGCCCCAUAUGCCGCUGCUCAAUCGCCUGGAACUGGGCCACAAUCGCCUGGUAAAUGCCACUUUUGGGGUCUGUCCACAGAUGCAGGAAUUGAUUUUGAACAACAACCAACUGGCUCAGUUGGAUGUGAACGCCUUUCGUGGACUCCAUGGUCUUUUGGACCUGCAGCUGAGCGGGAACAGGCUGAACACCAUUGGCCAGGAAACCUUUCAGCCACUCUCCCAGCUGCGAAUACUUAACCUCUCCCGAAACGCCCUCGAUGCACUGCGUCCCAAUGUUUUUGGAGCGGUGCAGAACUUUGUGCUGCACCUGCAGCAACUGGAUCUGUCCGGAAAUCGCAUCCGCCUCCUGUUCGACAACCAAUUCCGAGUGCUGGCCAGACUACAAAUGCUAGAUUUAUCCCGGAAUAGCAUAGCCAGCCUAAGUCCCGGUCACUUUGUGGGUUUGGGAGCGCUUCGAAAGCUGUAUCUGCAGUAUAAUGCAAUUCUGGAGAUAAAGUCGAGUACCUUUGCUGCCCUGCUGAACCUGGACACCUUGGAUCUGUCCUACAAUAACCUGGAGUUCCUGGAAGAGCAGAUCUUCGGAAGCAACACAUUGCCACGCAUGCGCAGACUCAACUUGAAUGGCAAUCAUAUGAAGCACCUUCAUCCACUGGCCUUCUCAUCGCUACCAUUUUUGGAAUACCUAAAACUGGGUCACAACGAACUCAAGUCCUUGGAUGUGCGAAUGUUUGCACCCAUGCGCCGCCUUCAGAAGCUGCAUUUGGGUCACAACCUGCUGGAGGAGAUCAGUCUGGAUGUGCUGGAGAGCCUUAGUAGCGUCCAGGAGAUCCUGGUGGAUAACAAUCGUCUCACCUUUCUGUCCAAGGUGAAUGUGAGCUUCCCGAACCUGAAACGCGUGGCCAUCGAAGGUAAUCCCUGGCAGUGUCCUUGUUUCGUUAAGCUGCAACAUUGGCUGGCGACCAGGGAUGUUGUCUAUCUGCGCGAUAACACGGGUUACUAUAAGGGUGAACGACCCCUUUGCAUAGUGACCAAUGUGGACUACUGUAUCCAAAACCUCCAAGCUGUACGCCGCCUUGGAAUCCUAGGCGAUUUCCAAGGAGAGCAGGUGGAGGCGGAUGCCUUUGAAGACGAUGCCAGUGCAGCACAAGACUGAUAGGUGUAUGGCUGACUUUUAAAACAUUACACUAAUUUUUAAGAUUCUUUGUAAUCCUAACAAUUCCUCAAUAAAAAGGUGCCAAAUUGUAAAAACC